GGAGCCAGGUCAAUACAGUCACCCCAAUUCAGAAAUCCACAAACACAGAUGAACUGACAGCAGCUGAGGUUAUUCUUGAAAGAAGGUGUCAUUCAGUGGAAUUAGAUCUUGACCUAGCUCAUGUGGGCAGAAGUCAAAAGAAGAGAAAAGCCAAAAUAUUUGGAAAUCUUGAGAGACGCCUAGAUAAAGUGAUUACAAUGCUCACGCCAAGCAAAAAGAAACGAUCGACUAGAGAUCGUCCAAGGAAACUUAAGGCACACUGUAAUGUCACCACCACUCAGCUACUGAAUCCAGACCAGCUGUUGAAUGAAAUGGUUACUGUUCUUUCAAAGAAGCAUGUGGAAUAUGUUCAGAAGGGUUACACCCUGAAAUGUCAAACACGGUCAGAUUUUGGCAAAGUAACUAUGGAAUUUGACUUGGAAGUGUGCCAACUCAGUAAACCUGAAGUAGUGGGUAUCCGACGACAACGGCUUAAAGGUGAUGCCUGGGUCUACAAGAGGCUGGUGGAAGACAUCUUAUCUAGCUGCCAAGUGUGA